UGUCAUUAAACUGGAGCCGAAAGAAGGGGAGACAUACUUUGAUGUUGUAGCCAUCAUUGACCCUGUCACCAGAGAAGCACAGAGACUUGCGCCAUUGCUCUUGGUUAUGUCUCAGCUGAUAAACAUGAACUUAAGAAUUUUUAUGAACUGCCAGUCUAAACUUUCCGACAUGCCUUUAAAAAGCUUUUACCGGUAUGUCUUAGAACCAGAGAUUUCUUUCACUUCAGAUAAUAGCUUUGCCAAAGGUCCAAUAGCCAAAUUUUUGGAUAUGCCACAGUCUCCUCUCUUCACUCUGAAUUUGAACACACCUGAAGGUUGGAUGGUGGAAUCUGUCAGAACACCGUAUGAUCUUGAUAAUAUUUAUUUAGAAGAGGUAGACAGCAUAGUGUCUGCUGAGUAUGAGCUGGAGUACCUGUUACUCGAAGGUCAUUGCUAUGACAUUACCACUGGCCAACCCCCACGGGGACUGCAGUUUACCUUAGGAACUUCAGCCAACCCUGUCAUUGUUGAUACCAUUGUUAUGGCUAAUCUGGGCUACUUUCAGUUAAAAGCUAACCCAGGAGCUUGGAUUCUCAGACUUAGGAAGGGGCGCUCUGAAAACAUUUACAGAAUCUACAGCCAUGAUGGUACUGACUCCCCUGCUGAUGCUGAUGAAGUUGUUGUCGUCCUCAACAACUUUAAGAGCAAAAUCAUUAAAGUGAAGGUUCAGAAGAAGGCAGACAUGGUAAAUGAAGACUUGCUAAGUGAUGGAACUAAUGAGAAUGAAUCUGGAUUCUGGGAUUCCUUCAAAUGGGGCUUCUCAGGACAGAAGAAUGAGGAAGUAAAACAAGAUAAAGAUGACAUAAUUAAUAUUUUCUCUGUUGCAUCUGGUCAUCUGUAUGAAAGAUUUCUUCGUAUAAUGAUGCUAUCGGUACUGAAGAAUACCAAGACCCCUGUGAAAUUCUGGUUCUUAAAGAAUUAUUUGUCCCCUACAUUUAAGGAAUUUAUACCUUACAUGGCAAUUGAAUAUAAUUUCCAGUAUGAACUUGUUCAGUACAAGUGGCCUCGAUGGCUUCAUCAGCAGACAGAGAAGCAGCGCAUCAUCUGGGGUUAUAAGAUCCUCUUCCUGGACGUCCUCUUUCCACUCGUUGUUGACAAAUUCCUGUUUGUGGAUGCUGACCAGAUUGUACGGACAGAUCUGAAAGAAUUAAGAGAUUUCAAUUUGGACGGUGCUCCCUAUGGUUAUACUCCUUUCUGUGAUAGCCGAAGAGAGAUGGAUGGCUACAGGUUCUGGAAGUCAGGAUACUGGGCCAGCCAUUUGGCUGGGCGAAAGUAUCAUAUCAGUGCAUUGUAUGUGGUGGAUCUGAAAAAGUUCAGAAAGAUUGCAGCUGGUGACAGACUCCGGGGACAGUACCAAGGUCUGAGUCAGGAUCCCAACAGCCUUUCAAAUCUUGAUCAGGAUUUGCCCAAUAACAUGAUUCAUCAGGUACCAAUUAAAUCACUCCCUCAAGAAUGGCUCUGGUGUGAGACUUGGUGUGAUGAUGCCUCUAAGAAAAGGGCAAAGACAAUUGAUUUGUGUAAUAAUCCAAUGACUAAAGAGCCUAAACUAGAAGCAGCUAUGCGUAUUGUCCCAGAAUGGCAAGACUAUGAUCAAGAAAUCAAACAUUUACAGACUCGCUUUCAAAAGGAGAAGGAAGCAAGAACACUGCCUGAAGAGAAUAAGACUAAAGAGCCGAGACUUGAAGUUAAGUACACAGUUUUGUCUUUACCCACUUCCAUGUAG